AUGAAGGAUAUAAAGAAUUCUGUUAUGAGGAGAAGAUUGAGGAAAAAUUUAAAUACUCGUAGGAAUAAUAAUAGUGAGAUUAGUUUUAUUAAUAAUCUUUCUGAUGUAGAGAAUGUCAUCAAUUUAAAUAAUUUAAGGAAUUCAGCAUGUUGGUUUAAUUCUGAUUUUAAUUUUAAAACCUAUAAAGAAGUGAAUCAUUUACAUGAUUAUUUUAAGAAUUACUGUUUUAUGAAAAGUAAAAUAUGUGCUGUAAAGCAUGAGAAGAAAGUGUAUUUGCAAAUAAAUUAUUCAUAUUAG